UCUGGCCUGCAGCUCUCUGCAGUGUCCCACCUCUGUGGAAGAGCCCAACGAGACAACAUGCCUCCCAAGAAGCCUGAGCCUAAGAAGGAAGCGCCCAAGGCAGCCUCAGCCCCAGCCCCGGCCUCGGCCCCACCUCCCGAGCCUCCCAAGGAACCUGCCUUUGAUCCCAAGAGUGUAAAGAUAGACUUCACUGCUGACCAGAUCGAAGAGUUCAAAGAGGCCUUUUCAUUGUUUGACCGGACCCCGACUGGAGAGCUGAAGAUCACCUACGGGCAGUGCGGGGACGUGCUGCGGGCCCUGGGCCAGAACCCCACCAACGCCGAGGUGCUGCGCGUCCUGGGCAAGCCCAAGCCGGAAGAGAUGAACACCAAGAUGCUGGACUUUGAGACGUUCCUGCCCAUCCUGCAGCAUAUCUCCCGCAACAAGGAGCAGGGCACCUACGAGGAUUUCGUGGAGGGGCUGCGCGUGUUUGAUAAGGAGAGCAACGGCACGGUCAUGGGCGCCGAGCUUCGCCACGUCCUCGCCACCCUGGGAGAGAAGAUGACUGAGGCUGAAGUGGAGCAGCUGUUAGCAGGGCAGGAGGAUGCCAAUGGCUGCAUCAAUUACGAAGCCUUUGUCAAGCACAUCAUGUCUGGGUGAAGCAGACCCCUCCAGGGUACCUGGCCCAUGGCCUUAGCCCAGGUGAGUUAACGAGAGGCCCAGAGUGACUGAGCUGGAGUUGGAGUCCUGGACUCUCCACUGCACCGCAG